AUGACGAUAUAUUCUUUGCCCGAAGAUUGCUUUUAUGAGAUUUUUAAACACGUUAAAGAUGACACGACAUUACUUUACAAUUGCCUAUUCGCAAAUCGAUUUUUAUGUAGAAUUAUCAUUCCUUUUCUUUAUCAAAAUCCAUUCUCCGUAGUAAACGGUCUUAGACAAUAUUAUUGUUUAACAAGAACGUAUCUUUCUUGCCUUGAUGAUGAAGAAAGGAAUCAUUUAAAAAAACAUUUUAUAAAGUUUCCACAAGGGUCGAAUUCACUUUUUGAUUACGCAAAGUAUUUGGAAGAAAUUCCAAAUCUUACGAUCGCAGCGGAAUGUUGGCUUAUCUAUUUGAAUUAUUCGAGUGAAGAAAAAAUAUAUAUAAAUUAUAAUGAGUAUAAUAAACAAUUGGAUAAAGAAAAGAAAUUGAUCUUACAGGAAAUACUUUUUCAUUUAUUCUUGAGAAAAAUCAAGAAUUGCAAGAUGUUAAAUAUUCAGGCAAACUUAUUUGACAAAAACGUCUUUAACAUAAAAUUUUUCAAAGAGAUUAUCUCUCAUAACUCAAGUAUAACAUCAUUACGUUUAAUCAUUUCUGAAGAAGAAAUAAACGAUUCAAAUGAGGAAUUAUUUCUUAAAUUCAUUUCAUUACUUACAAAAAAAUGUUUUGACAUUGAAGAAUUGGAAGUCACGACAUUUUAUUUUUAUUAUAAUUCAAUCUUGCAAGGAUUAAUCGAGAUAUUAAUUCAAAAUCAAAAGAAUUUCAAAAGCGUUAGCUUAUCAUACCCAAAUGAUCGUUCUUUAAACGAUAUUAUUAAAAUAAUAGAAAUGAAAAGGCACACUCUUACAACGAUUCAUAUAGAUAAUUCUUAUAACUUUAUUAAUCAAAAUGUUUUCAAAGCUAUAGCGAAUUGUGAAAAGGUUGAGAAAUUGGAAUUUAUCAAUGUUAAAGGAUUAGGGUUAUUAAAGACUAGGGAAAUAUUUUGCAAUUCAACAUUUGAGUUAAAGGAGUUUAUUAACCUUUAUGAUAGAUUAACCCCAUUUUUUCACAUUCGUCUCAUACGUAAAUUCGGUCAUUCAUUAAAUAGAUUAUCGCUUUAUAAAGUGACACAGUUAACUAUUAGGCAAAUUUCAGAACUUUGUUUAAAUCUUAAAAUUUUGCAAAUCGUUUGUAAGGAUAUCAAUUUGUCAGCUUAUCAAUACUUUAGGAAUAUGAAGAUUCAACAGCUCAUCAUUUAUUCCGAAGAACAUUUGUUAUCAAAUUAUUACAGCAACAUCUUUAAGAGUAUAGCUGAAAAUUUGCCUGAUUCCCUAACCACCUUUACGAUUUACAUAAAAGAUCCAAACUCUAUAUUUUUAAGUGAGAAUAAUUGCAUUAGUUUUGAUAAUUUGGAAAUGUUUUUAAAUCAUUAUAAAGUUGGUUUAUAUACUUUAAACUGUAACUUCAAUUUAAGAAUUGAAAAUAUUGAACAAAUCCUUGAUCAUGUAAAAAAGCGGAAGAAUUUGAGAUAUUUGGGUAUUAGAUCACCUCCUGGCUAUUUAUGGUUUAACAAUGAUAGGGUUAGGGUCAAGCAAUUGUUAAAUGAAAUCAGAGAAUAUGAUAUUGAGAUUAACACCAUUAAAAAUCAUUUCUCUCUUUAG